AUGGACUCUGAGACCAAACCGAUCACAAGUCUUGAUCCCCCGAAAAGUCGCCAAUCCUACGAUUCCUAUCAUCGACAUGUUCGCGCAGUUCAUGGGGUCGAAGGUAAUUCUGAGCCAGGACCAUCGAGCGCCUUCAACAGCUCAGAUUCGCGCCGGCACGGAUCAGGCCUCUCUAGUCUCAGUGCUAAAACAAAGCCUCAGCCCGGGAACAUCGCUACAUUUUUUGAUUCAGAAAGGUUAGCCAGUUCAGCAGCCCCAUAUGAUCCAAGCAAUCGAAGUACGCAAUCUACGACUCAGGGAAUACGAUGGCCUUUUCUCGGAAGUAUCAAGUCGGCCACCAGUCUGUCGGUGCCUCCUUCACCUCGAGCCGGAACUCCAGCCGAACCCACUGAAGUCGAACUACCAUGGCGGCCCGUCUUUCUUCAUCGACGAAUCGUGGUUCUUUAUGCUAUCGCUAUCGUGAUUCUUAUUGCAGGAGUGCAAAUCGCACUUCAACUAUCCGAGCACAAUGACGGCCUCCGAGAAGCCGAUGAUGCGUCGAGAUAUCUCUGGCAAUAUGGAACCACCCUAGUGUUCAUCGUUGUGGCUGCUUUCUGGAACAGAGUCGAGUUUCAGGCCUCGGCUUCCAUGCCCUGGAUCCGCAUGCUAAAUAACCAAAGCGAUGUCGACAAGUCUCUUUUAUUGGAUUACGUUUCCCUUUCUGAGCCUAUGGCUAUUUUCAAGGCAGUCCGAAAUAGGGACUGGCUUGUUGCAACUCCGGUCUUGGCCGGAAUAAUAUUUAAACUAAUUAUUAUAUUCUCCACGGCCUUUGUCACGCCCAGGGUUGUCGCUGUUGCUCAUUCCGAGUCUGCCAUCACAGUCCAGUCAGAGUUCUCCAACAGUGCUUCGGGCCUGGAAGACAUUGGACCGUUACCAUACUUUACACUCGCUGCUUUGGCGGCCGAUAAUAUUACUUUCCCCGACGGGGUCACUCCCCGAGCAGCACAUACACCUUUUUCGAGCGAUGUUACCGAACUGAUAGGGAUCACGGCGGAUGUAGAUGGAUUUAUUGGUGGUAUGGAAUGUAAAGAGGCGGAACUGAAUUUGGACUUGAUGAGGCUGGUCGAGGGAAGUUCUCUUCUUUUGAAUGUGACAGUGUCGGAGGCAGGAUGUUCCUCGAAACAAGCCAUCACAAGCACGAAACUUGCGAGUACCAAAGACAAAAACUUGUCGAGAGCGUUUUUGGAAUUUCAACCUGUCAGCUGUGGUGGCUCUGCGAAAGACGACGAACAGCGAAUAGCCGUCAUGGCUGGUAUUCUGGACUUUGACGUCGAUCAACUCAAGCAAAGAUCGAGAACGUCAAACGGGCGACUCAAUGGAACAUUGUCAUCAUCAUCCGGGUUCCUUUGCAAGCCGAAAUACAGCAUCACCACGAUGAGAGUUUCAAAGACUUUUGAGACAGUUCUUUCGGCCACGCCGAACGCUCAAGCUGAGAAUACAACCCUGGAUCAAGUUCAUCCCUGGGCAGUUGCCCGCGCUCUGUUCAAGUCUCUUGAGACCAACGAAAAACGGCUGUUGUCUACGUUUAUGAACUCGUCGUACAGUGGUGAUGCUAUUGUCCAUAUCGAUGAAGCCAUGUCUGCUGUACUUCUGCUAGGCUCAAGAGAAGGAUGGGAUCUUCCCAAGGUUGAAUCGCUAACAGACAAGGUCAUUUUGAGCCGUCUUUCUCAGAACUUCUACGUGCAAUACUCAGCUCUAAUCGCUCGAUACGCAAUGAUGGAGCCGUCUACCAGCUCCUCGACCGCUGUUGCCAGCUUCAUUGGACGACGUCUCGUUGUAAGGCCUGCUCCCGCAUAUCUAAUAACAGCAUUACUGGUACUCUGCUUGUUUCUUACUCUGGCAACAAUUUGGCUAGUUCCGAGGAAGGGUUUUCUCCCCCGGGACCCUAGUACUAUUGUUGGCAUGGCCUCGGUAGUAGCUCACAGUCAUCCACUCGUUGAGUCUCUCAAAGGCAUGGGGCCUGCACCAAACAAAGUCCUCCGAUCAAGACUCGAAGAUUCGACUUACAUGAGCGGAGCUGAAGGUCAUGAAAAGCUGGACAGCCCCAAUUUGGGCUAUUUUCACAUCUUUGGUGGCAAAGCGCCUUCUGCAACAUGCCAACCACGAAGAUACGACUCCUCGGCAUGGAGACAGCCCAUUCCUCUGCACGGUCUGAUCCGACUGAUAUACAUCCUUGUCCUGGCAUGUAUCAUCAUAGGAUUUGAGAUAUCGCUUCGCUUGUCGCAUCGUAACGAAGGGUUGAGAACAAUGGAUAACGAUGCAGCAUAUCUGGCGUGGACCAUUAUACCAGCAUUAGUACUGUUGUUGGUGGCUAUGUACAUGCUCUCCUUGGAAUGGUGGACGAGACUUCUCUCUCCAUUCUCACAUCUCGCACGCCGGGGAAACUUUGAUGAAACCGUGGGCCUAAACUUGGCCAAUGCUUUGAGGCAUGUAGCGUGGAGAAGAGCUCUUCAGAUCUGUGAUAUCGCUGCCUUGACUGCGAUUACUGGUGGUUUUGUGGCGCUGCUCAUCGUAGUUGCGUCUGCUCCUCUGUUUGACCCCAGGCCAAUUGAGUUUGACAGUAGUAUUCCGCUGCGCGCUGGGGACUUCUUCGCCAACAGCCUGUUAUCUUCUACCGAUGAUCCCAUAUGUACCGACUGUACCAACGACACCAUCCUAGCAUCGUUAAUACUUGCCGGCAAUGCUCCUUAUCCUCCAUUCACCUUUGCCGAUCUCAACAUACCGAACGUGUCUCUGGUCGAAGACAAUAACAACAAUGAUUUAGUUGUCAGUGCACGAUUAACAGCAAUUCGACCAAGAAUGUCGUGUCGACUGUACAAAUCGGAUGAGAUAUCUACAAAUCUCACUCUCGAAGUCGAGCUCGAUGAUGGAACUGUUAACCCCUUGCGCGUGGACCUCGAAGGUGAAACUUGCCGUGGAGUUGGACGACAGGGCAACAACAAUGCUAUUAUUGGGACGACAAGGAGGGCCUCCAGUAAUGAACGCAUCAAAGACUUGAGUGGAAGUACAGUAUUUGGCGUUGGACAGGGAAAGACAAGGUCAUCAUCGCAAUGUUCCGAUUGGAUAUACAUCUGGGGUAAGUUGGAUAAUCCGGGAAGCAGUGAUAUGUCAGUGGGCAAUAUCAAUGCCCUUGCUUGCAACGAGACGAUCGAGGCAGUCGAUGUCAAAGCCGCCUUCCAUGGCCCUGAACUUCACCUUUACCCGGACCAUCCUCCUGUUCCUGUCGAACACACAGCUCAGGACACGAGCGUCGCCAUACCGGAGCUCGACUAUUCUUCGCUUGUCAAUGUCUCUUCUGAUGGUCUCCUUGACUCAUUUUUUGCCAUUUUGAACUCUUCUCAAUUUGCUGUUCCUGACUCGACAUUCGGCAGCUCAUCCGCCGAUGCUACAAACAAGACCCAGUCAGCAAUUUUGUCUCAGCAUGGCAUCAUCAGGGCACAAUCGUUGAACUUCAAGAGCCGACGCCAUCUAUCUUCGAGGGGAACAUUCCCAACAGCGAAUGGCAAUACCAUUGUCAGUGGUAUUGAUCCUGAUGAGUCAGUUUCUCAAGCCGUCCCAAUUAUCAGCGGUAGUAAAAUGGCAGGAAAGGUCAGGCUUCACCAGGAUGAGAUUGCUACGCGAGUUUUGCAAUCUCUUGUGGGAGCACUGAUGGUCCUCCACAUUACCUCGUGGAUUUAUUGGCGAAGAAUCCGACUUCCUCGUGCACCAACGACCAUUGCUUCUAUCACAGCCCUUCUUGUUGACGGCAACCUUUUCAAGUCACUGCCCCGUGCCGCACAAUGGCAGCCAGAUAGCGAGCUCGAAGCUAUUUUUACUGAAGGAAACACACCACAGCGAUUCGAAAUGGGAUGGGACCGCAGAGGGCGGAACAGGGGCCGCGAUGGACGACGAAAGAAGGACGAAGGCAACUUCGGUAUUCGCGCAAUCGUCCCAAAGGACUCGAUACCGGAGGAAGUAGAAAUGAGGCCGAUCCCCCCUCCCAAAUCACCGCCGAAGCCAGCGGAGGAGAGAGUUGGGAUGGUUUCUCAAGGGACAGCAUCGUUUGGGGGUGACAGUACCCAAAGGAAAUCCGUGAUGCUCGCCAAAGGACACACUGCGAAUUCCAAGUCCAAGAGUUCCAAGAGCUCCAAGGGUUCUCAGGGGAGCAAAGAGCCAAAGCACAAAAGAUCCAUCUCAUCAGCAUUGAGUGGGCCGAGAGAGUUGGUCAAAGUGUGGUGGGCUGGAGGAGGAGGAGGAGGAAAGAGUUGA